UUCCUUGGCUUGUUUGAUGAGAAAGAAAACGCCCUCUAGCGCUUAUGUUGGAGCUGCAAAAAUGCAACAUGAGAGGGCGCUAUACUCCUAGUCUUUCUCAUCUUUGAAAUUUUUUUACAGACCUGCUAAUAGUGCUAUCGCUAGUGCUAAAAAGUGAAAUAAUUAUGUCAGCGUCCACAGCAACGAACGGAAUGUUGUAAGCCCGGCGAUAAGCCCUAAGUUGAACUCAUUUCAGUGAAGAAAGUAAGCCCUUGAUGAAACCCCUCUAGUCACAGUUUGCCUGCAUCAGUUACCAUGGAGAAUUUCAUCCUGUACGAUGAGAUCUACCGGGAUGAGCACUCUAUUGUGUACAAAGGGCGUCGCAAAGGUUCGAUCAACUUUGUUGCUAUCCACUGCAUGGACAAGGCCCGACGACCACAAGUGACCAAUCGAGUCCGCCUGACCCAUGAACUGGACCACCCUAACGUGGUUCAAUUCUAUGAAUGGUAUGAGACAACUAACCAUCUGUGGCUGGUGGUGGAGUUAUGCACAGGGGGAUGUCUCAAACACCUGUUGUUACAAGAUGAACAUCUACCAGAGAGUUCCAUCCGGCGAUUUGGUUUGGACGUGGUCAGGGGGUUACAUUAUCUCCACUCCCUGGGAGUAUUGUUCAGUGAUCUUCAGCCAUCCAAGAUUCUGUUGGACGGCACAGGAAUCUUAAAGUUUGAUGACUUCAGUCUGUCCAGGGUAGAGGGUGAGGACCUUGAUGAGGUGUUUGAGAGCACAUUAGGAGAGGAUUGUGGGAGUAGUGCUGACAGUUCUGACCAGGGUAAUGAGGACACGACUAAGCAAAGAAAAACAUUGGGGUCCCCAUCUUACCUGGCACCAGAGCUGCUUGAAGGUCAGACUCACUCCAUGGCCAGUGACCUUUGGUCACUUGGAUGUCUUCUUCAUGAGAUGUAUACGGGGAAGCCUCCUUUCACUGCCGAUACGUUCCCUGAAUUGGUUGAGAAGGUGCUACACAAUAGCUUUGCACAGCCAAGAAUCAAAGGGCCAAGGAUUUCCUCCAAACCAUCACCAGAUUUCUGCAGUUUGUUGGAAGGACUUCUGAAGAAAGAUCCUAGUGAGAGGAUGGACUGGCAUAAUCUUGUGGCUCACCCCUUCUGGCAAGGAGAUCUCCUGAUGGAUAAGGACAAAGGAGAUAAUGCUCCCCCAGAGGGAGGGGAGACACAGAAGGAAACAGCUAAAUCUAGUGUAGACAUGUUGACAGAAACACCAAGUAACAUCAAGCAAUAUAACCUGAUCAGCAUUUCUCCUGAUGGUCGUCCCAUCUCCCGCUCGGGCACAUCCAGUCAGCAUCAUCUGCUUAGAACCUCCUUACAGUCAAGCGGUCUGCAGACCUUCCGCCCACAGUCUACGCCUGAAGCCAGCGAUACAUCAGCCAAAGAGGCCCAGUUUACAAUCAGUUCACGUCCACAGACCUCCCCUGUUGUUUCUUACGAGACAUCAACUGACCCCAAAGAAACCAAACCCCACCCACCACGAAAAUCCUCUGGGAGGAAGAAAUCCGCUACCAAGGAAAGUAAAACAGGAGGAGGGAUGGGAGAUGGUAAACAACGGAUCAAGUAUCAUCGAGACCGUCAAAUAUCCAUGGAGGAUGAGGGGUCAAAGGUCGAGCUGGUCUUCACCCUGUGGGAUCUUACAGUGUCACCCAUCAUUGAUAAUGCAAAGAUACAGAAACCAGCUCCUCUGAAAUACGACAUUAAAAACUUGCCAGUCGCAGUGCCUGCUCUCGAGAAACUGCUGAAGUUCAGCAGGCCUGAUUUGCUGCACCAAUUAGACGGUCUGGCCGAUGCCCUGGGCAAGAUGAAUGACAAAACAGCAAGCGGACAGAGGUCAAAGGUCCAGUUCUUGAACUACAUCGCAACUGUCUGCAGUAAUGGAACAUUAGGGGCAGUGGUGAUCAAAUCUAACUUGAUUCUGUCCUUGCUACAGUGCCUGAAAGCCAAUCAAGCAUUAGAAGUUCGUUGUCGGGCUGGUCGUGUCCUUGGUCUUCUAGCUCUCAACAUGGAGGAACUAGAGGAAGAUGUUCAACUCACAGAGGUCUUUACUGCUUUGACGGAAGUCAUCCGAGACAACACCCGCAACUCCAAGCUGAAGCAGGGAAUGUUGCCAGCUCUUGGAGAGCUUCUCUUCCUUGUUGCAACCCAAGAAGAGCAGAAAGGAUGCAGCGUGGAGGCUUGGACUGUCCCUGCAAUUACCUACACGAUGCUGGCAAGAUGCAUCCGAGAAGGGGAGGAUUCCAUUGUCCAACAUAAUGCAGCCAAGAGCAUUGAGAAUGUUUACUCAACCAUGGGCACCCACAGUCAGAAGUUGGCAACCAGCGAGACAGGCCACAUCUUGUGGCAUCUCUUCAAUCAUUCUACAGCAGACGCCCUCAAGAUCACCGCCAUCUCUGCCCUGUGCCGACUGACCAGGCAGUCUGUCUCCAUCUUCCAGAGUGUCAUCGAUAAAGUUGGACUGCCUAACGUGCUUGAAGCCUUGGCGGUCAAUAUCACCAAAGUGCAGCAGGCAUUGGCCACUAUGUUUGCUGCUUUGUUGAUGGAAGGCACUCACAUUCAGCGACUUGUACAGGACAAGAGUGCUGAGGAUUUCAUUCUUCGGAUCAUGAAACUGCUGGACAGCCCCUCUAUGUUGAUCAGAGCAAAGGCAGUCUUGGUGUUACUGGAGGUGACAAAUACCAAUAUGGAUAUGAUACAUGUAGCCUGCCAAGCAAGGCUUGUCAUGUACAUUGAGCGUGACAGUCGUCGACAGCAAACAGGUGGAAAUCAAGGCCAGGCUAGCUACCUGUCCAAAUGUUUGGACCUAAUCACUAACUACCUGGUUGACAUUGUGCCUCAGAUCUUAGGCGAUGCCAUAUCUUCGUUGAAUGCCGUGGCUGGACGUAAGCACCCAUCUAGCAUCCAAGCCAAACAGCUGAAGACGAGCCUGCCUCUGGUUCCUGUUGCCUUGCAUCUGGUGACCAGUCAGAUCUUUCGGACCAGAAUUAUCGGGGAGAAGUUCCUUGAGGACAUUGGCGACCUUCUGGCCCAUGUCCAGUCUCUGGACAGUGGAGAUACAAGCAUCGAACCUGCAAUAGGUACAUCAGGAACCACAGAUUUUAUCAAGACAGUGUUGUCCAUCCUAGAAGCUGUAGCUCAACAUCCUUGUAUAUUAAUGGAGUACCACAGCGUGAUCAUUGAAAAUAUCUUGCCUGCCCUUGCUUCACUGGUAUCCAGCGACAAUGGUGAUACCCGCAUUUUCUGCCUACGCCUGUUUGCUGAGAUCACUUCCCUGUACCUGACGCAUGAUCAGCUGACUGAAGAGCACCCUCUAACCAACCCCAAGCUCCUGGAGGAGAUCAUUGGGGACCGGUUCCUGCCUCAUGCUGAGCAGAUCCUUUUGGAUCCAGACCCAGUGCCAGUCUAUGGUUUAAAGCUCCUGCUGGCAUUGAUUGAGAAAAGUCCCGCUUAUAUCAAGCGUGUGGAGGAAUUGGACUUAUAUCCUGUCUUCUUCCAAGUUCUGCUGGAUCACCAGAAUGCACCAAUCAGCAGUGCCAUUAGAAACCUUGUAGGAAUCUUUCACUGUUUGGUUAGUCAUAAAGACACCAACAUGAAGGCAUUGUAUGAUCAAGGCACUGUGGACCACUUGUGUAACCUGUUACAGCAAAGCGUGAAUAUCUACAUGGACUCCAAUGAUAACACAGACACAAAGAGUGUACAGUUGUUGCUUACCAGCUUGCAGGAUACCAUCCUGGUACUUCUGAAAUAUGUGGCUGCUGUGGUCCGACAGGUCUUGCAGGCCAAGAAGUCUGGUGUUGAGGCGGACACUCAGGGUGCAGAGUCAUUGCUCCUGAACAACAAACCCUUUGUGGAAGUCACGGCGUGCUUCAUGCAGUUGAUUUGCAGCAAGGAGAGAGACAUCAAGCAUACAGCCUGUGAAUGCCUCUCUCUUAUCGCUCAGUUAUUUGGGGGUGAAUAUAAAGACACAAUGUCCUUGGAUAACAUGGACUGCCUUGCCGUGGCUUUGCCCAAAUCUGAUGCCAAGAGACAAAAGUUGCUCCUGAGGUUCAUCAAGAGAGUGAUAUCGACAGAGAAACAGCACGCCGACAUGUUGCGGGAGCAGGGUCAAGGGUUAUGCGCAGCAUUGCAGAACAUGGUGCAGACAGCUAGCUCACAUGCCGAUGUUGCCGUGUCAUCGUUAGCAGCAGAUGUGCUGAAAACUGCUGGAGUCAAAGUAAGCUGAAAGGCUUGGCAUUUGGCUUGUAAGACUCUGCAUCACAUGUGUCUGUCAUAGCUUGCCUUACAAAUCUGGAACAUGUAUCAUAAUCAGCUCGUGUCUUGAAGUUUAUAAAAAGGUCCUCAUUGCAGACAUUACUAAGGUUUCCAGUGUGAUGGCUUACAGUGAAAAUCAUUCAUGAUGUAAUAAUUUUAUGAAUAAAAAUCAGACAUUACUACAAAAAUAAAUGACUGGCAAAAUGCUUCAGUUUGAUCAGUUCAACAGCGUUGUCAGCCAAAAAUGUCUUGUAGAUGACUAUGUUUGGCCUUUUCAUAAGAGUGUGGUUUGGUUUAAAUGCAUGAGAUAAGUUUUCAAUGGAAUGUGUACAAAUACAUAGAUUCAGCAGACUUGGUUGCUUAGCCUGCUUGCACAGUGCAGUGUCAUUGAUAUGAAAUAUCCAGAUUAAGAAUUUAUCAAGAACCAUGGUCUUUAUUUAAGAGAAAUACUUGGGUUUGUGUUUGAAGGGCUUGGGUUUGUGUUGAAGGGUUUGGGUUUGUGUUGAAGGGAUUUAACAAAAGCAAUGUUUUGUACUAUUUUAUUUCUCAUUUGGAAAAUUACAAAAAAUUUGAGCGGAUUUGUAUAUUUAAUGUCUUGAAUAGUCUAUUGAAAUGCUCUUCAUGCAAGUAUAUUUAUCAUUAAUAUUGUCAUUCCAUUAUUUUUCACAUAUUAAGCUUUGUAUAUAAUGUCAUUUCAUCAAAUGUUAGAUACCAGUAAUUCAUCUAUUUCUUCUGAUUUCUAGAAAUAAAUUAUAGCAGCUUUAUUUGCAAA